AUGGCCAGGCUGCCCCACAGGAUCAUCAAAGAAACCCAGCGUUUGCUGGCAGAACCAGUUCCUGCCAUUAAAGCAGAACCAGAUGAGAGCAAUGCCGGUUAUUUUCAUGUGGUUAUUGCUGGCCCCAAAGAUUCCCCCUUUGAUGGAGGGACUUUUGAACUUGAACUAUUCCUUGCAGAAGAAUACCCAAUGGCAGCACCUAAAGUAUGUUUCAUGACCAAAAUUUAUCAUCCUAAUGUAGACAAGUUGGGAAGAAUAUGUUUAGAUAUUUUGAAAGAUAAAUGGUCCCCAGCACUGCAGAUUCGCACAGUUCUGCUAUAA